AUGUCAGGGAUCCUGGGGAAGAUGAGGAAACUCGGAAGCUCGGACCUGGAGGAUUCGGACACCACUGAUGACCACGCAGAGGGCGAAGAUGGCGUGCCCAUGGCAGGCACACUGAAGGCGACCAAGCACAGCAUCUUUGCACGGCGGGCACGCUUUGGGAUCGGAGAUGGAGACAAGGACAUGGCCCCCAUGGACUCUUUCUACCAGAUGGACCACCUGGACUCCAGUCCCAUCAUCAAGUUCAGCCUCAGCAUGGAAAGAGGGAAGUGUGGCAAUCAUUGCCCCAAGCUGGUGUCCACCGCUUCCAUCGGUGCGCGUGUCGAGAAGACAUUCAAGCUGUAUGACCGGAGGAGGCUCUUCGACGCGGUGGCCCAUGGCGAUCCCAGUGAGCUGGAUGACCUUCUGCUCUAUCUGCUGCAGACGACGAAACGCCUGACUGAUGACGAGUUCAAAGAGCCGGACACUGGGAAGACGUGCUUGCUGAAGGCCAUGCUGAACCUGCACGACAGCCGGAACGACACCAUCCCGCUCUUGAUGGAGGUGGCAGAGAAGACCGACAACCUGAAGGAGUUUGUGAAUGCGGAGUAUACCGACAGCUACUACAAGGGUCAAACCGCGCUCCACAUCGCCAUCGAGAGACGGAACAUAUACCUGGUCAACCUCCUGGUCAAGAACGGAGCGGACGUCCAUGCGAGAGCCCACGGGGAGUUCUUCCAGAAGAUCAAAGGGAGGCCCGGAUUUUAUUUUGGGGAGCUCCCUCUCUCGCUGGCCGCCUGCACCAACCAGCUCAACAUCGUGAAGUAUCUGCUGGAGAACCCCUACCAGCAGGCCAACAUCGCCGCUCAGGACUCCAUGGGCAACACCGUGCUCCACGCCCUGGUGGAGGUGGCAGACAACACGGACGACAACACCAAGUUUGUCACCAAGAUGUACAACGACAUCCUCAUCCUGGGGGCCAGGUGCCACCCCACCCUCAAGCUGGAGGAGAUCACCAACCGCAGGGGCCUGGCCCCGCUGACUCUGGCGGUUGAGACCGGGAAGAUACAGAUCUUUGCCUACAUCCUCCGGCGAGAGAUGAAGGAGCCGGAGUGCCGUCACCUCUCCCGGAAGUUCACCGAAUGGGCUUACGGGCCGGUCCACUCGUCGCUCUAUGACCUCUCCAGCAUCGACACCUGCGAGAAAAACUCCGUCCUCGAGAUCAUUGCCUACAGCAGCGAGACGCCGAACCGUCACGAGAUGCUUCUGGUGGAGCCCCUGAAUCAGCUUCUGCAGGACAAGUGGGACCGGUUUGUCAAGCACCUCUUCUACCUGAACUUUAUCGUUUAUGCCACGCACAUCCUCAUCCUGACCGUUGCCGCCUACUACCGGCCCACGAGGAAACACGGGAAGCCUCCCUUCGCGUUUAAUCAGACGACCGGUGAAUAUUUCCGCAUCACCGGAGAAAGCCUGAGCGUUCUGGGAGGCGCCUAUUUCUUUUUCAGAGGGAUCAAGUAUUUCCAGCAGAGACGCCCAUCUCUGAAGGCAUUCCUCACAGACAGCUACAGUGAAGCCCUUUUCUUCCUCCACUCGCUGCUCCUCCUGGGGGCUGUCGUGCUGUACUUCUGUGGGCAAGAGCACUACGUGGUCUUCGUGGUCUUCUCCCUGGCGAUCGGCUGGACCAACCUGCUGUAUUACACCCGCGGCUUCCAGCAGAUGGGGAUCUACUCGGUCAUGCUGGAGAAGAUGAUGCUGAGGGACUUGUGCCGCUUCAUUGUCGUCUACCUGCUGUUCCAUCUGGGGUUUUCAACAGCCGUGGUGACCCUCAUUGAGGAGGACGACGAGGGGCAGGACCCAAACCAGACAGGCAGCAUCUGCUCCUGCUGCCCGACCAAGCGCCACUUGCGCUCUUACAACAACCUCUAUUCCACCUGCCUGGAGCUCUUCAAGUUCACCAUCGGGAUGGGCAACCUGGAGUUCACGGAGAACUAUCACUUCAAGCCCGUCUUCGUCAGUCUGCUGGUGCUCUACGUCAUCCUCACCUACAUCCUGCUCCUCAACAUGCUCAUCGCCCUGAUGGGGGAGACAGUCAACAAGAUCGCCCAGGAAAGCAAGAGCAUCUGGAAACUCCAGAGAGCCAUCACCAUCUUGAACAUUGAGAACAGCUACUGGAACUGCAUUGUCAACCCCUUCCGGUCCGGGAAGCGGGUUUUGGUGGGGACGACUCCAGACGGCAAGGACGAUUACCGGUGGUGCUUCAGGGUGGACGAGGUGAACUGGUCCACGUGGAACACCAACUUGGGCAUCAUCAAUGAAGACCCCGGGGGAUACAGCGAGGAGCUGAAACGGAACCUGAGCUUCUCUUUCAAGGCCAGCCGAGUUUCAGGAAAAAACUGGAAGACGCUGGUCCCGAUUCUGAGAGACGGAAAACGAGAGGGCUCACUCAAACCCAUUUCGGAAGACGAUGUUGAUUCGGAAGGCCAAGAAAUCCGGAAGAAAUCGCUUCCCAACCCCGUGUUAUGACUUCUGGAUGUGUGGCCUUUGUUUUUCUGUUCCCCCUUCAGACCUUGAACAGAUGGCUGGCUACUGAAUGUUUUGAGGCAAUGGGUGUAUGUAUGCCAAGGAAGCCACCAUUAUUUGGAGCUAACGUCCUUGCUGCUUCAACCUCAGGAACCCAGAAUUUUUUUCUCUCUUCUCCCUUAGCCGUUUUGCUUGCUUGCUUGCUUGCUUGCUUGCUUGCUUGAUUCUGGAUGUAUUUUAUGCCUGUUGGGCGGAGACACAAGGUGGUGUGUAACUUCCCACAUUCUCAAAACACGGUUGAAAACCUUCUCCGUAAGUGCUUGGAAUUAAGGUGGAAAGAUUGCCAGCCGGGAGUCUGAGCUGCAGCCAAGACCACUGUGCCUUUAUCUCCAAGGAUCUGAAGGGCUGCCCCACAGAAGGAGGGGCAUCCGCCUUCCCUGUCUCUGUGUGUUCUUCUCUGUGUGUUCUCUGUCGCUCCAGAGGACUAGAACCAGUGGGUUGAAAUGGCAAGGAGUCAGAUUCAGGCUAUACAUUAGGAGGAAUUUCCUAACUGAGUGUGGUUGGACUGCGGAACAGCCUGCCUCAUGCAGUGGGGGGCUAGAAGACCUCUGAGGCCCCUUCCAGCUCUAAGAUUCUAUGAUUCUGUGUCUGAGGGUGCAAGAGGCAGCCAUCUUGCUAAAACUAUACAGCUCUCGAUCUGGUCCAUGACAGGACAGAAGCCUAACUGGGGACAUCAUGUGUGCUGCUGUGGGUGGGAGAGAGGUGGGAUGUUAUUAAAAUAAAUACCAAAGAAGUAAUAUGUGACUGCAACAAGGAAGAUUUGGGAUGCCUGUUAUAUGAGGACAUUAAAGGGUGGGAAAGCAUGCCCUCUCACUACACAACCCUGUCUAAAUUAACAGAUUAUUUUUAUUCAUA